AUGUCGGAUUCGGAAAAGGUUGUGGAGCCCUUUGAUGUGGCAGAAUCGAAUGAGUCCUACAGUGAGGCUCAAGGGGAGAAGGAAAUGGAAUCGGACCUUCCUAUAUUAAUUGAAGAUUCAGAUGAAACGGUUGAAAAGAAAAUUAAGAGAAUGUCGGAUUCGGAAAAGGUUGUGGAGCCCUUUGAUGUGGCAGAAUCGAAUGAGUCCUACAGUGAGGCUCAAGGGGAGAAGGAGAUGGAAUCGGAUCUUCCUAUAUUAAUUGAAGAUUCAGAUGAGGAAGGAGAGGCUAUGGAGGAGAAAGAGAUUUCUGAGAAGCGGGAGAAUUUAGAAGAAUGUGGGGAAGUUAUAGCGGAGUUACAUGAAAGGGAGGAGAGCCAACUUCUUCAAGUGGAGGCUUCUAUGAGACGUCAGAUGGAGCGUCAUUCGGCUGUUUUUCAAAGCGCUCUAAGUGGCAUCCCCCAGCUUACAACUGGGGAUCUUCAGGUGUGGACGGUUGGUGAGACUAAGGUCUUUUUGGGAAGCGUGGAGACCAUUCAAGAGUACUGGAUGGAAGAUGCUAAGUUUGCAGCAACUCAACGUCGUAAUAAGCAAUCAAUCAUUAAUUUGCUGAAACAGUUAAAGACCCCUGAAAAUCUGGCCGCUGCUAAACGUCCCCGUACAAAUGAGGAGAGUGGGCAUUGCUAUCAUCCCUUCAGAGGAAGUCUAUUCGAGCCAGAGGAUCCGAUUGGGUACAAGCGCAACGUUUUCAAGCGCUUUGGUUUGGACAUACAGAAGUUGGACAAAGAUUCAAAGCAUUUUCUUCCGGUUCCGGGUUGCGUUGUACAAGAUUACACAUAUGGUUCGCCCCAAAAUCGUCAUCAAGGGGCAAAAUUGAAGAAUUCAGGAAAAGGCCCUUGUGUUUUGCUUCUUGGUACUUCCUUAACUGUUCCUUGGAGAUUGGCUGAAGGGCGAAAUACGUUUUGUGAUAACAUCCGACCCGAAAAGGCCACAACCAGAGCGUACUCGUUAAGUGGAUGGUCUGCUUUGGUUGGAGAGGGACAAGUAGUCUCUCCUGAGGAAAUGCGUAACAGAGUGUACGCGGAUCUGCAUUUGAGUUCUUCUUUUCGUUUUACCCAUGUUUUUGUUAGAGUGGGGACCAAUGAUUUAAAGAAUUUAACUGAACCUGACGUCAUUCGUCAUUACCCCAAUUUCGGUCAUUUUCUGCAGGCCCUCUAUGGGUAUUUUGAUGAACUUUCCCGAGCUUUUGAUGCGCCAGUCCUGGCUUUGGGGGCUUCUGCUCCCCCUGCAUUAGCGCAAGGGAGUAAUACAUAUUUGACGGAAAAGAUGGAUUUGGACUUGCAAGGGGUUCCUCUAAUUCCUCUCAGAAAUAAUGGGGUUCCAAUUUUGAGUCAAAGAGGGCGCGAAAGCGCAGGUCAUGCUUUUCAGAUGGCCUUGUAUAAUGGCUUGAAGACUAAAAUCGGAAAAAGGCAAGGGGUCCCAAGCGGGAAGGGAUGGUGGGCAGUACCGACUCCGGUCAGGCAUCUCGCAGCUUUUGAUAGGUCGGAUCGUACAAAGUUGUCUUUUGGCCACAUACAUACUCGGGCCUAUCUGUUCUUUGCCCAGCUUCAUGCUGCGGCUAUUUGCUUCGGGUUGGAGUGGACCCAGUGUCUGAACAAGACUUGGGGGGCAUUUGCUUGUGCUGGUAGCUGCCCAUACUGGCUGGACAGUGGAAAAACUGCUCCAGGGAUCCCCCCCGGAUUACCUCAUCAUCAUUCUACGGAUAAUGGCCCCAAGGAGUGCUUUGGGAACGGACCUUUUCAUAUCAACCCGGCGGUUAUUGGAUCGGGUGGUGAUCCCUUCAGACAGAUGGACGAGAUCUUAAGUCAGAAGAUGUUCCUGGAGGUCUUUUCUGCGGACUUUUUGUGUUCGGACCCCAAGAGAGCUGUGUCUGGACGUUUCGUCGUUGGAUCGUCGGUUCGGAUUGGAAAUUCCUCACAAAGAAAGUUCAUAAUAUCGAAAGUUGGGGACAAGGCCUGGGUUGUGGGAGAGGGAGGUCUAGAGUUUGCGGAGAUGGCAUCUCUUUCUCGUUAUGUUUAA